AAAAGGCAAGAUAUUUCCCAUGUGAAAUUUUAUGCGUAUGACGUUUGAGAGUGCGCGGGAGCCCUAGUCUGCUGUGGUUUUUCGUCCGUGAGCCAAACGCUUCCGAUAAGAUUUAGCGAGAUUAUUGUUCGCCUAGUAUUGCUUUUAUUAAUCGACGGAUAUUUGUCGAUCAAACACAAGGCUAAAGAGAUACAUUGUCUUGGAAUCUACAAAAUUUUGACGUUUGGUCACCGAAGAAUACAAAUACCAAAAGGAAGCAUUAACAUCAAGUUCGAAAAAUGGCUGAGGAGAAAACCAAUGGAUCUCACACCAAUAUACCUUACAGUAAAUCUGGAGAUCGUUCUCAAGAUGAGAUAUUGCUGCAGCCGUUCACCUACUUAUUGCAAGUACAGGGGAAGCAGAUACGGGUUAAACUGUCCCUUGCUUUUGACUGCUGGCUUCAGAUCACUCCAGAAAAGCUUAACAUUAUCAAUGACGUGGUUCAAAUGUUGCACAAUGCUAGUCUUUUAGUUGAUGAUAUUGAAGAUAACUCAAUUCUCAGGAGAGGAAUUCCUGUGGCCCACUCAAUCUAUGGAGUAGCUUCCACUAUCAAUUCAGCCAAUUAUGUCUACUUUUUGGGGUUGGAGAAAGUAUUGGCCCUUAAUCAUCCACAGGCGACUGAAGUAUUCUGCGAACAGUUACUUGAACUUCACAGAGGGCAAGGAAUGGAAAUAUACUGGAGGGACAGCUAUGUAUGCCCAACUGAGGAAGAAUACAGACACAUGAUUGUGCGAAAAACAGGAGGCUUGUUUGGUUUGGCUGUUCGUCUGAUGCAACUUUUUAGUUCAAAUACGGUCGAUAUGAACCCACUCAUGGCCAUCUUGGGACUGUACUUUCAGAUAAGAGAUGAUUAUGCAAAUCUGAACUUGAAAGAGUAUGCGGAAAACAAGAGCUUUUGCGAAGAUUUGACCGAGGGAAAGUUUUCGUUUCCCGUCAUCCACGCCAUACGAAGUCGUCCUGACGAUCAACAGAUCAUUAGCAUCCUGAGGCAACGCACCAAAGACAUGGACGUCAAGCGCUACUGCGUUUCUCUGUUGGAGAAGUUUGGUUCGUUUGAAUACACGCGCCAGACGCUGAUCCAGUUGGAUCUAGACGCCCGACGAGAGAUUGAAAAGUUGGGUGGCAAUCCAAUCUUGGAGCGUGUGUUGGACGAGUUGAAAAACUGGUGAGACUAUUUGGCAACAUCAAGUCAACGGAGUAAAGCCAAUGGAAUGCGCCCCAUAUAGCCUCUGGCAUCUAUUCCAAAGCAACCAUAACUCUUUUAAAUAUUUAUCAGUGCAUGUUAAAAAUACAUUUUGUAGUAGAAAAUAACUCGUCAUGCUCGAAUGGGGUUGGACGAAGCCAGUCACACCGUCGUAUUUUUCGUCCUCGACCUUUAGCUGAUUGUUUUCUUGACAUUCUUAUCGUUUAUUUUCAAACCCGUGCUGUUCGAUUUCCAUACGAUCUUUAAUAGCGUUGUUUUCUGUUGCCGUGGUCCGAGUUUGGUCGAUGAUGUGAUGACCGAUUUAGCCGCCUCCUUCAUCGCGGAAUUUAAUUUUUGUCUACGAAUCUGCAUCUUUGUUUGAAAAAAAAAAGUUUAAAGUUGUAAAAUAGAUCUCGCGUCUCAUAAAAA